AACUGAGAUACACAAAACUUCUUGUACAAAAUGUGUGACAUCAAGAAGGAAAGUUUACUUAACAAAAACAAGGGAAUUGAAAGAACAGUAUCAAAUGCCUACGACGAAUUACGAAGUUUCAGAACAUGGUUGAAAUGGAUGUGUGUGGAUCAAUCCAACGCGUUUUCCGCUUGUCUCUCUUGGUUUGUUUUCAUACUGUUAGCUGUAAUCGUCCCUUGCCUUUCGCAUUUUCUUCUGGCAAGGGACGAUAGUGAUGCUGCACACAGUCGUCCAUAUGACAACGUUGUGCAGCUAUCACUUAGCAGUGUUGCUGCUUUGUCAUUUGUUUGUCUUUCUCAGUUUGUUAAGAAAUAUGGGCUGAGAAGGUUUUUGUUCCUUGAUAAGCUUUGUGAUGAGAGUGAAACAGUUAGAAGAGGCUACACUGAACAGCUCAAUAGUUCACUAAAGAUCUUAUUCAUAUUUGUCCUGCCAUGUUUUGCUGUUGAAUGCGCGUACAAGAUUUGGUGGUACAGUUCGGGUGGUACACGAAUCCCCUUCUUGGGCAACGUCAUUGUGAGUGACACUGUCGCGUGCAUUCUAGAGCUGAGUUCUUGGCUUUACAGGACAGUCGUGUUCUUCCUAGUCUGCAUACUUUUCCGGUUGAUAUGUUACCUUCAAAUUCUCCGACUACAAGAUUUUGCUCAGGUGUUUCACGUGGAUUCUGAUGUUGAAUCGGUGUUGAGAGAGCACCUGAGAAUUAGGAGGCACUUGAGGAUCAUUAGCCAUAGGUACCGGUCAUUCAUCUUGUGGGCAUUGAUGUUCGUUACAGCAAGCCAAUUCGCGUCCCUUCUCAUGACCACACGCUCAACUGCAGAUCUUCAUAUCUACGAAAGUGGUGAACUCGCGCUCUGCUCUGUCAGCCUUCUCGCCGGGCUGAUGAUACUGUUGCGAAGUGCAACCAGAAUUACACACAAGGCUCAAUCCGUUACGUGCCUAGCAGCCAAGUGGCACGUAUGUGCAACGAUAGAUUCAUUUGAUUCGACUGAGGCUGAUACACCAAUUACUCGAGCGACCUCUGACCACGUCUUUCCUGUAUGUUCUGAAGGAUCAUCUGAUGCUGAUGAUGUCGGAGAUGAAGAAGACGAGUUAGACAAUACGAAAUUCAUCCAUGCAUAUGCCUAUAGCACAAUUUCAUUCCAGAAAAGACAGGCAUUAGUGACAUAUUUUGAGAACAAUAGAGCAGGAGUAACAAUUUAUGGAUUCAUGCUGGAUAGAAGUUCUAUUCACACCAUAUUUGGGAUAGAAUUAUCACUAGUUCUCUGGUUGCUUGGGAAAACUAUUGGCAUUUCUUGAAUUAUUAUUAGCUACAUGUUAUGUUGCUCGGAUUUGACACACACCUGACGAUAUUUUUGAAGAGUCCUAACAACAUAGUCAGUCAAAAACGGACUUUUUGACUUGUCCAAUCGUUGGAGUUUAAAGAUAUCAAAAAAUGAGAAAGAUGGAGGAAGUUUACCAAACACAAUUUACAAGUUUGUCAAUCCAUUUUCUCCUGGUGCUAGCCUCAGGGCUCCGAUUCAUUCUUCUUCAUUUAAUCAUUUUGUUGUGUUGUUCUGAUCAUAGGUCCGUCCCCUUCUUAAAAGGCGAGUGUGCAUAGCGAGCUAUUUAAUUGAUUGUUCAACUUUUAUAUCA